AUGCGUAUAGACGAAACAUGUAGAGUAGAAUGCAGUUCGAAAAUUUCGAGGCUCGAGGAUAAACCCCCUCAAGACCUUUCGAUUGCCGGUAGCACAGCGGCAGCAGGAACCCAUUUAAGGCACUAUGUUUCGAUAACUGCAGCAGAGGCCAGUCCAUUGGUUUCAUCUCUUAAGAUCUACCAGCGGCAAGAUGCAACAAGAUUAAAAGCACGACCCACUCCUAACUAA